AAGAAUUGGGGUUUGAACAAUCUUACGUGUCAUUCCUUGAGUUUCACUGAAUCGGAAACCUGUGGGAGACUUUCCUUAAACAAUUCUUGCAGAAGCAUGAAGGCUCUGAUCCUGGUGGGGGGUUACGGGACCAGGCUGCGGCCGCUCACCCUCAGCGUCCCCAAGCCGCUGGUGGAGUUCUGCAACAAACCCAUCCUGCUGCACCAGGUGGAGGCGCUGGUCAAGGCCGGGGUGAACCAUGUGGUGCUGGCUGUGAGCUACAUGUCGGAGCUGCUCGAGAGAGAGAUGAGAGUCCAGGAGCAGAGGCUUGGGAUCCAGAUCUCUCUGUCUCAUGAGAAGGAGCCUCUGGGAACCGCGGGGCCCCUGGCUCUGGCCCGAGAGCUUCUCAACGUGGACAACGAGCCGUUUUUCGUCCUCAACUCGGACGUGAUCUGCGACUUCCCCUUCAAAGACCUCCUGCAGUUCCACCACAACCACGGCAGGGAGGGAACCAUCGUGGUGACGCGGGUGGAGGAACCAUCGAAGUACGGCGUGGUGGUGUUCGACUCGGACUCCGGGAGGAUCCAGCGCUUUGUGGAGAAGCCGCAGGUCUUCGUCUCCAACAAGAUCAACGCCGGCAUUUACAUCUUCAAUCCCAGCAUGCUCAGCAGGAUCCAGCUGAGACCGACAUCCAUCGAGAAAGAAAUCUUUCCUGUGAUGGCGCAGGAGGGUCAUCUGUACGCCAUGGAGCUGCAGGGCUUCUGGAUGGACAUCGGUCAGCCCAAAGAUUUCCUGACGGGGAUGUGCAUGUACCUCCAGUCCGUCCGGCAGCACGCCCCCGAGAGGCUACGAACGGGGCCCGGUUUCCUCGGCAACGUGCUGGUGGACCCGACAGCGCAGAUCGGGGAGAACUGCACCAUCGGGCCCAACGUGACCAUCGGCGCCGGCGUGGUGGUGGAGGACGGCGUGCGGAUAAAGCGGUGCACGGUGCUGAAGGGCUCCCGGGUGCGCUCGCACUCCUGGCUGGAGAGCUGCAUCGUGGGCUGGAGCUCCUCCGUCGGCCAAUGGGUGCGCAUGGAGAACGUCACGGUGCUGGGGGAGGACGUGAUCGUGAGUGACGAGCUCUACCUGAACGGCGCCAACGUCCUGCCCCACAAAUCCAUCAACGAGUCGGUGCCAGAGCCACGGAUCAUCAUGUAGCACCGAGCAGAAGUGAAUCAAAUGAACUGGACUGGAAACUAUAAAUGUGCAAGAGGGAGGAGGAACAAAAAGCUCUUUUUUUCUUUUCUUAAGUUGGACUCGUUUUAGCCCUGCUUGGCUGCAUUUUCCACUAGUUAGAAACGAUGGCACAAAGAAAAAAUGGAAAGAAAAAGAUAGGAAAGUUAGUUAAAAUCGUGGCAGGAUGGAGUAGUAGGUCCUAUAUGAGGUGGACAAAGGGGAAGAAAAACAAGGGAAGGGGCCGGUGGAGGGAUUGAAUGUGUAUGUGUGUGUGUGUGUG